AUGGGUGUCAGCCAGACGAGCGUUGAUAAACCUGAGCCUGCAGUUGAUCUAAACUGGACAUUUCGGCAUGCAUAUCUGACGCUGCUCAAUGGUGUCUCGGAUUCUUCUGCUUCGUCAUUUUUAAGCAGGUUUGUCGAAUUAAAUAAGAAACAUCUUUUGGCCAAGAACCUGCCAUUCCAAAACAAAACAUCCAAGACGGCUUCAGAUGACUUUCAAAUUGGGCCACGGAUUGUCAAAAAUAAAUUGACUUCUAAGCAGCAGAAAGAUGUUUCUGAGAUCUCAACGACAUUGCGUCUUGACGUCCAUGAGGUUGCCCGGAUCGUUCAGAUCACUGCCGAGAGAAUCCCAGAUGAAAGUGAAAUCGACAGCGCCGACAAAUCAUUAUUCCAAUCAAGAGAAAGCCAUGACGAUGUUACGCUUUUCUAUUCCAAUGUCAUCAAGGAAUCCAGAGCAGUCCUGAAGACGCUUCUGUAUUUAAUAAAGAACGAGCAUUCGCUGUCGCCCGAUCUGCAAGACAUUUGUUACGAAAUCAAGCAAAAUGGCUACGACUUGCUCCAGGCCUACAUCGAGUCUUUGGUGGAGUGGAACAAGACACCGAUAGAGAUUUCUCAGAAAAGCCUGCAAAUGGAGCUCGAACUACUGGUUAUGGAUAUGCUGAAUCUGAUCCUAUAUCUUAUAUUCAAAACCGGUGUUGGUUUUACCAAAGGUACAGCAAUGAAGUGGUUCAGGUUGAUGAAAGAUUCCAAUUUCUGUGGUCUUUCUCGUCUUUGUGAAGAUGACAGUAACGACAGGGUGGCGACCUUUGAAAGCCUUUGCACUAUUCUGUCGUUAGUGAUGCUGGACCUCGAUUUCAAUUUUGGAGCGCUAACAGAUGAGGAUUCGUUCACGAAUGACCCAGAAAUAAUGUAUGCCAUUAAUGACUGUCUAUUGACAAGUCAUGCCAAUUCCAUCGUCUUAUAUGCUUGGAGCAUCAUAUUGCAUAGGAAGCAUUUGGUGAUUUCAAACAACCCCAGCCAUCCGAUCAGUGUCCAGUUGAUUCAGAAGUUUGGCGGGCUUGAAAAUCUACAGAAGAUCUACCUAACAUGCGCUAAAAAAGCCGAGGAACUCGACGUAUGUGCAUCCAUGAUCAGGUGCCACGCAAUACUGUCCUAUGAUAGUCUAUAUGAUGCCAUUCUGGCAGCCUUUGUUGUUGCCUUUGUUCCCUACAUCCAGCUUAACGACAACAUCACUCUUGCAAUCAGAAAAAUAAUGACUAAUGCCCCAGACAGGAUAGUUGAGAGGUUUUUCCUCAACCCAGCAACAGAAGACUUGAUGGCCAUUGCUCGAGCUAAGCUGCCUUUGUCAAUCAAGUCUUUUAUCCGUCUUGUCGGAAUAAACUCGAACUUGGCUUAUGAAGAGCUCGCUAAUCUCAAGUCCUACAUGGAGGUGUUCAAAGAGGAAGAUUUUUAUUACAAGUACCUCAUAGACGAUGAAAAUCCCCAACUAAUCAAGCUCACACAAGAUAUCGAUGUCCUGCCCCCUUACGAAACUCCCGGAGAACUGUCAUUGCUGCUGAAAGAAGGCACGAAGGCCCAACUCUUCCCUGGGGCAAACAAAGAUGACUUGGUUGUGGCUUUUCUUUACGAUUAUAAUGGAUGGACCUUGCUUGGUCGAAUUCUGAAAAAUCUCUCGAAGAAACUGGAUAGUAACCCUGAAAAAGUUGAUCUUGCGUGCGAGAUAUUCCAACUAAUGACCAAGAUCUCGCAGGAGCUCGAGAAAGACAAGUUUGACGAGGUUAUAAAAGCAAUGAGCAUGUUUGCAGAUGACUGUGAUGUCAUCGAGGUGAUCUUCCGUAUCCUAGAGCAAGCGCUCCAGUUGCGGAAUGUCCAUUUGUUGCAAUCUGGAUUCGAUCUUCUGUCUUCUCUCUCUCUUUGCGGAUAUUCAUUCAGGAUAUGGUCAUACCUUUACAAGUCGCAACUUCUUGGGUUAAAGGCCAAUGCUGGCCUGGCCAGUACCAUUUUGGGAACAGUUGAGAUGGUUAAAUGGAGGUACGGGUUCACAUUGUCUUUGCUAAAACUCACAAAUUCUAUACUAGAUGACUGUUUAGUCGUUUCUGACGACGUCAAUUGGAAGCUGAAAUCUGAGGUGCUAGAUCGGCUAGUGGCCUACUGUAUUCAUGUUUAUGAAAACUUCCUGCACUGGAUGUUCACUGACGAUGUUCAGAGGCUACAGAUUGGAACUUAUGCUCAGUUAGUUUUUGUGAAGAUCAUUGUUUCUCUCUAUGGAGUUGACAAUGGAACAGACCCAAAGGCAAAAGUGACGCGUGUAUUCGCUCAGUCUUGCGAAAGAAUCACAAGGAUGUUUUUGGUUCCUGAUAUUCAAGUUUCAAGAACUUCAAAGCCAAUUUUGGAAACUUUUAGUUCCCUUUCUGACGCGGUCACGGAUAUUGAUACCUCGGGGCUCUUUGGUCUUUGGCAGCAAAGGUUCAUUGACGGUAUGUUUGAGUUCGCUACAACUUUGAUAUCCAUCAGAAGCGCCUGCCAAGGGACUCUUGCAUCUGCCUUCGAGAUGGACCUUUAUUCUAUAAUUCCAAGGCUGGUCGAUUUGUACGCUGGCACAAUGAACCUGCGUGCAAGUGUCUUGAAUCUUUUAUCAAGCCUUGUCAGCACGAGCUGGGAGAAAGAGCCGCCAUCUCUGCUCACUCACCUUGGACAGGAACAUACGCAACUUUUACUUAAGUGUCUAGCUGUGGACAUGGCAAAUGAGUUUGAGACACAUGGAAUGAAAAUAGCGCUUUUCAGGUUUUUCUCCUCAGUCAUGGAAGGAGAUCAAGAAGGGCUGUCGAUCGUUUUUAUCACUGGACGAAAUAUCAAGGAUUGCAUUCUAGACGAGAAGAAGAGCCUCAGUAAGGAAGAUAAAUUGAGGAAGUCGCAAUUGUCGCUUCUGAAGAUUUUGAAGGCACUGAUUUCGAAAAUAUCCGUCUAUCCAAGCAAUGUGUCGCUAAAGUUGGUUGAAUCUCUUGCCCUUGCGUUCAACUCGUGGACAACCGCCAAAGAAGAUAACGACGAUGAGAAGUUUGUGAUGAGCAUCAUCAGCGAGUUGAGCUCAUUCCCGAAGCCACUGUCAACUGACGAUGGCGAGGCUUGGAAGGAGUAUUUCUACCAAGUCAACAUAAAAGCAAAAAUGGCCGAAAUAGUGUCUCUGUAUCUGUUUGUUUCCAAGAACAACGCGAACAAAACGAAGAUCUAUCAGCUUCUGAAUUCCCAGGAUUUCAUCGCGCAGCUUAAGGAUAAGUUUGAGCUUGAAGAUGGCUCCCUCUCUCCGAUUGAACACGAAUUGAAAGAGUUCACCAUAGACGGGAUGAGUUUCAAGCUUUCGCAAUUUGAAAGAACUCCCUUUUUUGUCAAAGAAGCUUAUGGGCAUGAUUCCUCGCAUUCUUUGGAACUAAUGGACAAGCUAUUCGAAAAAAGCGCAAAGUGGGAAGUAGUGAGAAAUCAAGUUAUUGCCAGCAGCUUAAGUUUCCAAUUGGUCUCUGCGCGCGUCACGGCUGCUAAGUCUUUUGGUGCCUUGGUCACCUGCUUCUGCAAAAAUAACGGGGUUGAGAUCGAUCCCCAGUACAUUUCUCUUGCUACAACUCUGUUAAAAAUCAACGACCAAGAAGGAAUAAUCUCACCUAAGUUUGCCAUUAUAUACCAGGAACGCAUCGAUUUGGCGUUCUUUGUUUGUCUGACUUUCUCCAAACGCAAGGAAAACAAGUUUGACGAUAAGAUAGUGUUUCCUUUGAUUUCCUCCGCCUGUCAACUCCUUGUGUCAAACGAUAUCGAUUUGCUAGGGGGGCUUCUGAGCUUUGAAAACCAAAACUACCGUCCGCUAUUAAGAACUCUCCUGAUAGCCCUUGGCAUGAUCAAAAAGGACACCAUGCUGUUCAUGGAAUAUGGAGCCACUUUUGUGGACAUUUUUAGUGCAAUCAUUGCCAACUCUGUGAAAACGAUAUUCAAGUCCAUUCAAAAUGAAGUGAUGGCUUCUAGAAAAACAGACUAUGGAAGCUCCUUGCUGGUCUGCAAACAAGCAGAUGACCUUUCGCUGAUCAUCAGUCUGCUGCACACGCUAGUCAAUAAGCAUCUUCCUCGUGACUUGGAAGUUUCCAUCGCCAAGUUGGUGAUAGAUUCGGGCCUCUUCAGAUCGACCGCAAAUUUUUUCUCCUGCUCCCAUCUAAUCAAGGUCAAUCAGGAAGCAGUAUUUUCGGAAAUCUCUCUCAAGAUCAUCAACGAGCUUGUGCAAUUGAAGCCGGUAGCAGAAAAGUUAUUGGCAAAUGGAUUAUUUAUGGUUCUGGUUGACUCUCAGAUUUCGGUGCAAAUUCAAAGAGGUGAUGUUUCUCCUGUAGUACCCGCCACGGCUAGGCUGCACCAAAUCUGGGUUGACGGUCUUUUAUCGACCAUUUUGACUUUGAUCACGACGUUUGGCGAGAAAUUAUCGUCUGAGAUCUACUUGUUCGUCAAAUCAUUUUCGAAACAGUUCCAAAGCACUCUAUCCGGAUGGUUGGACUCUACCACGCCUAUCAGUCUUCCAGUAGUCCACGAGACCUCCCAAAUCAUUUUCUUGGCCAAAGCUCUCAAUCUGCUGGACAUUUACGAGAACGUGGCUUCCAAUUCUGAUUCUGUUAAGCUCAUUCCAGGUCUGGAUUCUAAAGAGGAACGGCUCAACCUUGUCAACGGUUUAAACUAUCUCAUUUCGCAUCCCAAGUUCCUUUCUUCAAGAAUCGUCGCAUCUAAUCUCGAAGAGCAAAAAUUGCUCGACUCGGACGAGAAGUAUAAACUCGUGGAUCGUGUUCUUGAUGAAAUCAAACAGCUGAAAGAUAUGCUUUUAGAAUGA